AUGAUCAGCCAGCAACGGGCCACACGCCGCCUUUUCUUGGCUGUCAUUGCCCUGAUUCUGUUGGCUCGGCUUGUCGAGGGAUCGACCCAAACAGCCACUGUUGCGAUUGAGGCUGGUGGUACUGGAGAAGCUUCUGUCCUCCUGGAAGAAUACAGCAGCCAUACUGCCUUUCACAGAAGCAAUCAUAUGCCCGUCUCUUUGGAGGGAGUUCAUUUGCCGGCACACCAUGAACUGGAGGAUGGAAGGCUGUUGCAUCGGAAUGGACAUGGUCUUCGAUCCUUUACAUUUUAUGGAUUGAGCAUGAAGAUGUAUGUGGCCUCUGUUUACAGCGAGAUGCCAAUUCGAAAUGCCCACGAUGCCUUGGCAUGCACCAGCUGUCCCUUGGUCUUCAGUUUUACGUUUCUAAGGAGUGUCAGUCAAGCCCGUGUCAAGUUUGCGUGGCAAAAGCAACUGGAUUGGAGUGUUUCCCACACGUACGAAGGAUAUGAUAAGGAUCGUGCAGCAUUCAUCAAUAUGUUUGGGGCAAUGGAAGACCAGGGAACAGUCACAGUCAAGUUUGUGGAUAAUGAAACGUUGGUCUUUGAUCAGGGGGUACUCAAGGGAACUAUCCCCGGAGAAGAUUUUCAACGAGCCUUCUUGAGCAUGUGGUUUGGUGAAAAGGCAGUGGACGAUGACCUAAAGAUGGCAUUGCUGGGGAACACUAGCAGCUCGUCGCCACAGCUUGGUGCAGCCACCGCCUAG